AUGGCGGAAAAGAAGUUCUUGAUGUCCCAGCUGACCAACUACCUACGGGAAGAUCACAUUCUGCUUUGGAAGUCCCCUUAUACCAUUGAAAAUCAUGACGCUGGCCCGGAGAUUAAAGAGCUGUCUCUGAAAUACUCAGAAAAGCUGAAGCAUAGUGUGGAUGACAUCACCAGCGCAUUGGAAGAAAUCCGCUGCUCUGCAAUACAACGUGGUAGUGGUAAUCAGGCUUUUAUGACUAAAGGACUGGCGUCACUGCAGGUCUUCGUGCCACGCAAGCUGCACAAAGGAUCCAAAAACUACAUAGAAACCUCCCUGACUGUAACAGGGAAGGAGCUGAAGUGUCAGAUAGCACAAACGUAUGGAUUACAAGAAAGUCACAUAAAGGUUAUUGCUAACAAAAAACAGCUUGAGACAGAUAAAACUCUGCAAGAACAAGGAGUUGGUCACAAUUCCAAGGUGUUGGUCCUUGAACUCAGUUACACAGAGGAAGAGGCAAGGAAGAGGGUCCACAAUGAGGAGAAGGAAAGAGAAGAGGAGACACAGAAGCAGGAGAGUGUGAAGAAGAAGAUGAUGCGUACAAAACAAGGGCUGGAAAUCCUUGCCGAGCGGGGUGAUAGCUUGGAUCCAGAUACAACGCCAUACCUGGAGAUUGCAAAUCAAACAGGACGCGCAAUCAAUAUGCCUAAAGCUGCAAAAAAGGCUCUCAUGCUGGCAAUGGGCUAUCAUGAAAGGGGAAGAGCAUUCCUGAAGAGAACAGAGUAUGCUUUAGCACUGCCGUUCCUGUUGGAUGCAGACAAGCACUUCUGUGAAUGUGGGACAGAACUGCUGGACUCGGUGGAUAAUUAUGCUGUGCUGCAGCUUGACAUUGUGUGGUGUUACUUUCGCCUCGGUCAAUUAGAGUGCUUGGACGAUGCAGACUCCAAACUAAACAUGUCUCAGCGACGCUUCAAUAAAUGCUAUGGAGAGAAUCAUGAGCGGCUAGUCAAUAUCAAGGGAAGUUACGGGAGAGAAAGAGUUUUAUUUCUAAGACUUUAUCUUCUGCAAGGAAUAGUAAAUUACCACAAUGGCAGAGCCAACGAAGCAUCAGAAAAACUAUCGGAGGCUAGCAGAUUGUAUAAUGAGCUCUCCAUUGACCCAGCAAAAGUAGAGACCUUAUUGCAGUUGGGGUGCUCAGCUCAAGAGGCACGCUUGGCACUGCGAGCAUGUUACGGGAAUGUGGAACAUGCCGCCAACCAUAUUUCAUGUAAAAGAGAGGAAAAGGCGAAGAUUAAAAAAGAAGAGAGAGAGAAAAGAAGGAAAAGACUUGACAAGAUCAAUACUCUGCGUGGGAUGGGGUAUUCUGAGACUGCUGCUGCAGAGGCCUUAAGUCAGGCUGGUGGGAACAUUGACCGGGCAGUCCAGAUACUGCUAGAUAAUCCAGAGCGUUUAAUCCCUCGUGCUAAUCCCGACGACAAGGGCUCAUAUAGUGUUCCUCAGGAGAAUAUCGAUCAGCUGGUGUAUAUUGGUUUCACUCCUGAGGCAGCUAAGGCAGCUCUCCAACUAUUCCAAGGUAACAUUGAACUGGCCGCUCAGAUGCUGGCUCACCACCAAGGAGAUCUCCCUUCUCACCUCCUGCAAGAGCUGGAAAACUCUUCGUCAGCACCCGAGCCCAGCUCCUCGUCCUCCUCGCCUGCAGCGACAAGCUCAUCAAGUAGCACCAACCGUGCUGAACCGGACAUUGACCCUGUGAAGGAAAUUCUGGAUGAUAUCCCUGAACAUGAAGAAGACUAUCUCGACUUAACACUAGAGGAAGAAGAGCUCAUUCUUGUUGAAUAUCUUUCUUACCUAGAAAAGCUGUAGUUUGGGACUUUACUGAACUGCAGUAACUUUAGUUUUUUUUCUCCGACAUUGAAGUUCCUAUGUUGUCCAUAGCAGCCAAUCCAAAUGUUCCUUUUGGUUUCU